AUGGAAAGACACAAGGCAUCAACAUGCUGCCUAAUGGCGACAGCAACCCCUGUGCUAAGAUUUGAACCUGUAUUCUAUUUUGUUGACUGUGUAAUAAUUUAUCACCACCUUUACAAAUCGAUGUUCGAGUCUUCAGCCGUAGGCUUCUUUUUUAUUGGGAGGAGUGUGGUUGAAAACUAUCUUAAUUUAGAUAACUCGUUUUGUGGGGAAGAAGCGGUUUGUGACUUAUUUUAUGCAUUAAGGCUACGUGCAAUUGUAACCGGAAAAUUUUUCUUGAAUUCAACUGAGGAGGAAGAUUGCUCGAUUGAAAUGAAAGGUACAGAAGCAGAUGUUUUAGGCUUAUUCGUAUUAAUUGGAGGCAUUUUCGGGUUUUUUGUGGUACUACUUUCUUCAGCAUGGAUCUUAUCACGAAGGCGGCAUAAGCUAAUCUCACCGGUUAAUAAAGAAGCAUGGAAAUCUGCACUAUCGGCAUUGUCAAAGGAGCCUGCUAUUCUUAAAGUCCCGGUCGAGAAGGUAUAUGCUGCCACGAACAAUCUACAUGAAUCAAACUUCAUCGGCCAAGGAACAUCAGGAAAUGUGUACAAAGGCCUUUUUUCCGGGAAUCAGCAAGUGGCAAUAAAGCACAUUACAAAAGAUGGAGGCGCUGAGACUUUCGUGAGGGAAGUUGGAAGCCUAGCGCACAUCAGACACCCGAACCUGGUAGCUUUGUUGGGUUAUUGUGAAUCUGAAGGCGAAUGCUUCCUAAUUUAUGAACUUUGUCCCAACGGAAACCUGUCUGAGUGGCUUUAUGGGAACGAUAAAGUCCUGUCCUGGAUUCAAAGGCUUCAGAUAGCGAUUGGCAGUGCUCGAGGACUCUGGUUUCUCCAUACAUUCCAGGAGGAUGCAUAG